AUGAAUCAAACAAAACAUAAUAAUGAUCAAUUAUCUACAUUACUUUCUAUUGAUACUCUACAAGAAAUAGUACGUAAUUAUAAAUGUAAUGAAGAAUAUAUACAUGAAUUAAUACAUUAUACACGUUAUAAACGUAAAAAAGCUGAAUAUAUUUUACAUGAAAUUUAUCAAACAUUACAAAAAUAUGAUAAACAAAAUACAACUUCUUUAAAUAUUAAUUCAAAAUCGAAAUUAAAAAAAUCAAUAGAAUUUUUUAUUUAUUUAGAUGAUAAAAAAAUUAAUAAUGAUAAUUAUAUUCAUCAACAACAUAAUAAAAAUCAAUCUUCAUUUAAUAAAACAAUAUUAAAAGAACAAGAAAAAAAAUCUAUAUUAUCUAUUCAUAAUCAAUCAAUUCAUUCAAAUCAUUCUAUUGUUAAUAAUAAUACUCAUCGAGUACGAUUUAAUAUUCCAGAAAAUAAGAAUAAUAAUCAUACAGACAAUUCUAUUUCGUCUUAUCAACAAAAAAAAUCAACUAAUAUCAAUGAUAAAUUAUCUGAAUUAGCACAUCGAUGUGAAGAUCUUCUUUCAUGUUUACAUAUUCAUCGUAAACAACUAAUCGUACUUGAAAAUCCAAAAUAUUAUUCCAAACAAACAUCAUUGUAUCCUCAAUAUAAUCAAUCUAUAAAUGUUCAACAAUUUCACAAACAUUUUCAUCCAGAAUUAAUUACACAUUCACGUCAACAUAUAAAUCUCUUACAUAAAGAAAAUAAGUAUAAUGUUGAAAACGAUCAUAAAUGUCAACAAUUACUUCCAUUUUCUUAUUCUAAUCUAAUCUCUUAUCAUACUAAUCAAUCGAAUUCUAUUCGAUUACCAUUGAAAUGCAAAGAUAAAAUCAAACAAACAUCAAUGAAAACAUCUGAACAAUCUUCAAAAGUCAAUGAUCGAUUACGAUCAGGAUUAAUCAAUGAAAUACAACAAAGAAAUUUUUUAAGAGCUAAAAUUUUUCAAAUACGUCUUCGACAAAAUGCUUUAUUACAUGAGUCGAACAAAUAUCAAUGA